GUGGUCUUGUGAUUUCAUCUGAACGCAUCAACAUGAAAUUCUUCCUUGCUCUUGCCUUCGUGGCUGUAGCCUCCGCUGCUUCCCUCUCCAGCGAAAAGGACGCCCCAAUCAUUAGUCAGUCCUCUGACAUUAGCCCAGACGGCUCUUACCAAUCUCAAUACGAAACCGGAAACGGAAUCGCCGCCCAAGAAUCCGGUGUAUUGAAAGCCGUUGGACAAGAACAAGCCGAAGAAGUACAAGGAUCCGUAAAAUACACCGCCCCUGACGGCACCCCAAUCCAACUGACCUACGUAGCUAACGAGAACGGAUACCAACCACAAGGUGCCCAUCUUCCAGUUGCCCCAGCCCCAGAACCAAUCCCAGCUGCCAUCGCCCGUGCUUUGGACUGGAUCGCCGCUCACCCACAAAAGGAAGAGCCUCUCAGGAAAUUCUAAACUUUGUUAAAAUGCUGUGUUAUAUUUUUAUAUUAAAAAUAUAUAGGUUAAGUCUCAAACACUAAAUAAGAA